UUUUGGCUGUGGCCACAGUCACCCUUUUAAGCACAUACAAUGCAGUUUUUAGUUUGCUUCUCGUUCUCUGAAUUCCCAGUGUUAUGGCCUAUUGACACUGAUUAAUUUUAAUAAACAUGACUAUUUAAAGUGCAAAUUUAUAAACAUCAAAAUAAAACAGUGACGAUAGCUUUGCUAAAAAAUUGCUGGUAAGUUGGGGCUAGCGCGCAAACGCAAUGGACAACCUGAAUUUGUAUGCGGUACUCGGUGUUACCAAAGAAGCCACUUCCGAGGAAAUCAAAAAGAACUAUCGUAAAUUGGCCAAAGAGUUUCAUCCGGACAAGAAUCCAGAUUCGGGUGAAAAAUUCAAGGAGAUAUCGUUUGCGUAUGAAGUGCUCUCCGAUCCGGAGAAACGUCGCAUCUACGAUCGCUAUGGGGUGAAGGGGCUGCAGGAGGGCGCUGAGGGAUUUACCGAUACCUCGGACUUUUUUGCACAGUGGUUUCCAUUUGGCGGCAACACGUCCAGCGAUCCACGUGGUGGAUCCGAUGGCAAAAUUAUGGUCAGACUCGAACUGUCGCUGGAGGAGAUGUAUAUGGGCGGUCAGCAGAAAUCGGUGCAAUACAAGCGUCAGAAGCUGUGCGGCACGUGCAACGGUGACGGUGGUCCCAAGGAGGCGCAGGAAUCCUGCGAGGCAUGCGGCGGUGUGGGACGCGCCGCUGCCUUCACUUUUAUGGGUUUGAGCGCCUUUGAUGCGGUGUGUCCCGCUUGCGAUGGCCGAGGAUUCACCAUUAAGGACUCCAUGCGCUGCAAGCCCUGCACAGGCACCGGCUUCGUAGAGCAGGAAAUGACACGCGACGUGCAGAUUGAAGCCGGUGUGCCGCAUAUGCUGAAGUUGCCCUUUGCCAACGAUGGCCAUCAGUUGCGCAGCGGAGAGUUCGGUGAUCUCUAUGUGAUCAUUGUUCAGGCCGAGCACAGAGUAUUUCAGCGUCGCCAUGCCAAUCUGUAUAUGCGCGACUUGGAGAUCAACAUUACGGAAGCACUCUGCGGCUAUACGCAUUGUUUCUCGCAUCUGGAUGGACGGACUGUGUGCAUGCGAACGCAGCCGGGUGAGGUGCUGCGACACAAUCACAUCAAGAUGAUGCGUGGCGCUGGCAUGCCGGUGUUCAAUAAGCCCACCGAACAUGGUGAUCUGUAUGUGCAGUUUAAGGUCAAUAUGCCGGCCAAUAAUUUUGCGACGCCCGCACAACUGACUAUGCUGGAGGAAUUGUUGCCGCCGCGUGAACACAUCGCAGUGCCGCCUGAGGCCGAGGAGGUGCAAAUGACGGACUACAAGCCACAGAAUCGUUCUGCUCGCCCGGAUGCUGCUGAUGAUGAUGACUUCACCGGACAGUCGCCACAUUUCGAGGGCGUUCAAUGCCAGACAGCUUAGUUAUGGGCCCGGGCGUAUCCGUGGCUGUUACAGGCGCGCUAUCUCGCCUGCGAUCUGUGGAUGCUGCUGCCGACGCUUGGCGUCGACGAGUUGUGCUUUUUAGUGCCGCUAGUCGUUUUACUAUGCAUAGUAUUAUUUUUCAUACAGGAAUGUUUUGCUGUAAGCAGCGCGUGAUCAAAAUUUAUCGGUUAAUUUCUUUAGGCUAGUGAAAAUCGGCUCGCACCAAUCCUUGUUUUAGCUUAGCUAAACAUAGACAACCAAAAUUAUACGAAUGUCAUUGAUGUUUCUUAAGCCCAACUAAAUCUUCUGUUUACAUUUUAUCAACCUAACUCCCUAAUCUUAUUUCACAACUAUUACCAAAAAUACUCUAUCAAAAAUAAUAAUAUUUAUCGGAUGCGGUACGAACGCAGUGCUCAAUAAAUAAUUGUCUAGUAACUAUUAAAUAAUACAAUAAUAACAAAUAUGGCAUGUUUUCACUACUAAACGUUAAACAAUUGCCUUCUUAGCUUUGUUAGCUUUCAACAAAAGUUUCACAGGCACCGUGGAUUUUAAGUCGUGCAAGUUUGAUAAGAGCGAAUCCCUUUAAACAUUUUUAUAAUCUUAAGAAGCGCAACGUUCUUUUAUUAGAGUAUGAUUAAAUGUAAUACACAUAGUUCUUAAUGAUUAUGUUAUAAUCUAAUCCGAGAUAAAUUUCAAUUUCAGUCA